UCCCGGGCACAGGGCGCGGCGGAGCUGGUGACCGCCCCAGGCAGGCACUUUUGGCAGGAAGGAAGCCUGGGCCGAUCUACUUCCUGAAUCGUCCACAAACCGCAGAGCCCACGCUGCGCCACGAUGUCCCAGAUCUCGGCCAGGAGCCUGGCGAAAGGAAGCGCGCCCCCGGGGCCUGUCCCGGAGGGUCUCAUCCGCGUCUACAGCAUGAGGUUCUGCCCGUUUGCUAAGAGGACGCUACUAGUCCUGAAGGCCAAGGGAAUCCGGCAUGAAGUCAUCAAUAUCAAUCUGAAAAAUAAGCCUGAGUGGUUCUUUACAAAGAAUCCCUCAGGUCUUGUGCCAGUUCUGGAGAACAGUAAGGGUCAACUGAUCUACGAAUCUGCCAUCACUUGUGAGUACCUGGAUGAAGCAUACCCAGGGAAGAGGCUGUUACCAGAGGACCCCUAUGAGAAAGCUUGCCAGAAGAUGGUCUUUGAGUUAUUUUCUAAGGUGCCACCUUUGAUGACAAGCUUUAUUAGAAGACAAACUAAGGAAGACAGCUCUGGCCUAAAAGAAGAAUUGCGUAAAGAAUUCAGCAAGCUAGAGGAGGUUCUGACUAAUAAGAAGACAAAAUUCUUUGGUGGCAAUUCUCUAUCUAUGAUUGAUUACCUCAUGUGGCCCUGGUUUGAACGACUGGAAGGAAGCGGGUUAAACGAGUGCAUAGAUAGUACUUCAAAACUUAGGCUCUGGAUGGCAGCCAUGAAGGAAGAUCCCACAGCAUCAGCCCUCUUCAUUGAUGUGAAGAGCUAUCAAGGUUUCAUAGAUCUCUACUUACAGAAUAGCACUGAGGCCUGUGACUAUGGACUCUGAAGGAGGCAGGAGUUAGCAAUAAAGCUAUGACUGACAUAUUGCUUCACUAAUAUGA